GCGCGACGAGCCCCACUGCAACUGCGUAGCGCGAACUUGAGCGAGCGAUCUCAGGGGCGGGCAGGCGGGCGAGCGAGGGAGUGAUUGAGUGAGAGAGUGGCGCCGGUGGCGAGCAGAUGGUUCGAUGCUUUUCUAGGAAUGACUUAAAGUGACAUGCUCUGCCCUCGACUGGUGAAUUUCGCCACACGUCAAGGCCACUACAACUCGACAUGGUCUCGUGGGUUGUGAGCAAGACUUUGGACAGCGUGUACAAUCGUUCGGACGGAAAGGCCGAAGGUAGCGCAAGUUGAAAUAAACGGAGAGUUGCAGUGCGACGCCGGAGUCGGGUGGGAAGUGGUGCGUUUGAGGAGGUUGGGUGAGGAGCUGUAGGAACGGACACGUGUUGGAGUAAGGAGAAGAACCUGAUGUUGCAAUCCUGUCUGCCUUACAAGCCAGUCAUGUGGAAUGACCUCUUCAGUGGGGCAGACCACAACUUGUCGAAGUCCUGUGUGGCACAGCAGCCGACCUCCACCUUGCCAACCACGUUUCCAGGACGGGAAGGCACGAGCGGCAAGGAUGGCGUGAGGAGCGAGGCGUUUUCAAUGGGGAGCAUGGACGUGGGGGUCCUGAUGGCGGAUCCGUACACGGAGGAGGAUGUGGAGAUUCUGGCAACGGGGUGCAACUUCCCGGCAUACGAUGCGGAGGAGGCGGAGGAAGAGCUGCCGCUGUUCGGGUAUGCGAGCGAGGUUGUGAAACCAGGGUACAGCUGGGAGCCGUGCUUCGGGAAUCUGGAGGAUGUGGACGAUCUGCUGAGCUCGGGACCGGAGUCGUGUUUCGGGGCAGCAGCCGGCGGAGGCGAGAAGGCAGAGAAUGGCGUGCAAGUGCGUCAUUCGGAAUCACGGUCAUGGAGCGAGCGUGGUGGAGCGGCGGAAGGGGUGGUGGAUGGCGCACUGGUGGGAAUGAGCGCGGAAGUGGUCGGAGGCGGCGGCGGUGGAGUUGCAGUGAGAGGCGAAGACGAGAAGGGCGAGGCGGGGAGGAGAAGGGCGGAAUGCGGGGAGGAGCGAUGGGGCGGUCCAGCAUCAGUGGCGCGGUGCAUAGCGAGGCAGUGCGUGCUGGACGGGGAGGGUAUGGGUGCAGAUGCGGUGUCGUCGACGAUGACCGGGGACGGUUGCGUGAGCAUGGACACGUCGGGAGACGGGUCGCCUUGCGUUGUGCGGUCGGAGUUGGAAAAGGCCAGCAUCGCUCAGGCUCAGAGGGCGAGACGGCACGCCGCGAGCCGGAAGCGGAUGGAAGAGAGAGGUGGGUCUGGUCCGGUGGAGGCGUUCAGUCAGUUUCAGGAGGCGGCCCCCGCGUCACAAAUGCAGUUCGUGGAGUUCCAGCGACAGUCUCCGUUCCAACCCGCGAUGGGGGAGCCGCAUCCGGAGUUCCGACGGCGGGUACCGGGGGAUUCUAGGAGUCGUGGAUCGGGUGGGAGCAGCGGGAACAUGUCGAGUGAGGAGAAGGUGGAGAAGCUGCGGUACUUGCAGGGGAUGCAGACGGUACGGGUGGCGGUGGAGCAGCCGCAUUCGGGGAUGGAGUCAGGUGGAGGAGUGGGACAGGCGAGGGGGAUGUCGACGCAAGUGGAGGUGGGGACAGCGAGUGGGAGCGAGAUGAGGGCGGCGGGAAUGGAGGGGGGGUAUUCGCCGUCGCUGUCGGUGGGGCAAACAAGCUUGGAGUCGACGUCGGAGGAAGAGAACAGGGCGAUGGAAGGAGCGGUGCUGGGGCGACUGCAGGAGACGUUAAAUCGUUGCAAGUGGAGACGAAGCUGUGCAUCCGGGACGCACUGUACAGAUUAG